AACACUCAGGGUUAAAUUCGCCAGCUUUCUUGCCUGUGUGAGUACCAGAAACAUGGCGGAGAGCGAAUUGAACGUUGACAGUCUCAUCUCUCGAUUGCUGGAAGGUAGGGCACUGUUUAGAUUUUUGGUCCUACUGUGUCAUUUUUCAUGGAAAAGAGGGAGUAAUAUGCUUUAGGCUGUAACUAGUGACUUCUCUUUUUUGUUAAAAAUCAUUUAUAACAUUUUGUUCAGUCUCUAUCGGUGUUCACCAGCCACCGGAACAGUGAGCUAACCGUUGCGUUGAAAGCGCUCUGUUCCCGAAGUACCACAGACGUUAUUGUGACGCCGCAGUAGUCUGUAAUGAUAUUUUCGCUAACGGUCGGUUGUACAUUAACGCUUACUUGGGUACUGUGCUUAUAAAGAGGCGUGUAACGUAAAAAAACGCUCAUCGCUAUCUGUCAGGGUGCUAACUAUAUCGCCCAGUUACUUUUUUCGAUAACUUAACAUUAAACAUGCUAAACUAGCUGAAGAGAGGGGAGUGGACAGGUCAGUCCUUUCUUUAUGAACACAGAAUGUGAGGGAACCGUCGAAUGUAGUGGUUGCUAAGUAACCUUAACUGUUCUGGUUGGUAGGGGUGAUAAGUAGACAGCUAGCUGGUCGGCUACCGCGGCGGACACACCCCCUCACGUAGGACACCCCUAGCGCCUGUUUAACACAGCUAAAAUGUAUUGAUCGUAUUUUAUCACAUGUAACGUGAUCAUCCGGCGAUAUUGUGGUAAUGCAAUGCAGAUUCCUAACAAAGAAUAAAGUCACUAAUUGAAAAGGUAAAUUAAAGAAUCAAAACAAAGGACGCUGAUGGUAACAUAAAGCCAUAUCUGCCAUGCUCCUGCUGAAAAUUGAACCAAUUUAAAUGAAUAAGAACUGUAUUUAUAUAAUAAGGGUUUUUAUAUUAGUAAGAGUUUAAAUAAAAAAAACAAACAAACAAAAAAACAGCGUACCUAUCUCAAUACUUUCAUAUGUAAAUGUCAGCAUUAAAGGAAAGCAACAACCCCAGUUACAAAAGAGUAAGGGGAGAAAUUGAUUUAAAUGUUACGUAAAGCACUUUUGAGUCAAGAGAUCUCUGUACAAAAGAGACAAAAUCAUUUACUGAUAAUGGAUAACCUUGAUCCGGCCCUUAAGCUGCACUGCCUUAAUUCAAGCAUAACUCUUACUACAUGGUCUGAAAAUCACACCCAGAAACCAUGAUCUAUAUGAACCCAAUUUGUUGUCGCAUCCACCAAUACAGGUCAAAACUGUACAUUGCAAAGAGCAAACCAUAUGUUUACAUGAUCUAAAAAUGCUGACAACUUCUUCAUCUGUAUCAAUUUUUUUUUUUUUUUCUUUCAAUCAUUGACUUUGUACUUUACAUCUGAAGAGGAGCGAGGCCACUUGGAUCAUUAUCAGCAUACAGUUCAAAAGCCAGCACCCCUGAUAGUAUGGGGAUUUUGCAUGUACUACAACAGCAUGGCUCAGCGAUGGCUGGGUUUGGGUGCGGAGCUGGCCUUCCUGCUGUUACCUAUUAAUACAUUUGGUGCUCACAACAUGGCAAUACACUAGAGGAGACCCUGAACUGCUGAGCAGCUGAAAUCCUAUGUCAGACAUAAUGGGGCUACAUCGUACUUAAAAACUCUUGAAACCAGUCUCCUUGGUUUACCAAUAAUGUUAGCUUGUAAUGCAAAUUAACCAGUGGUAGACAUGCCCACCUUUUAUGCAACUCUAAAACUAGAUUGUUUUUGUCUUACUUAGACUACACUGUCUCUAAACACCACAUGCUGUUCAUUCCUGCACUACUUACUUAUUCACAACUUCUUUUUGCUUGUAGCAAACAGUAUUUCUCGGCUGAACUAAAGCAUAUGCCUUGCCAGAACAGUACUAAUUUGGCCUUUGUUAAGUGAACGUACUCACUUAGUCCAUGGACUUUCAUCUUUGUUAUUUCCAUGUCUAGUGCCAGAAUAUUUACUCAUUCUUCUUUAAUGAUCAGUUUGCAUUGUUUCUUGGUUGUUUUUAUUUACAGUGCGAGGAUGUCGCCCAGGGAAGGUGGUACAGAUGUCAGAGGCUGAGGUUCGGGGCCUCUGCAUCAAGUCCAGAGAAAUCUUCCUCAGUCAGCCGAUUCUGCUGGAGCUGGAGGCUCCUCUAAAAAUAUGUGGUGAGAAUAGCAACAAACAACAGAGCACCUUUUUUUAGUUUGACACUUUGCUGCCAUAUGUUAUAAGAAAAUACAUAAUGUUAAUGGCAAAAUGCAGCUCUUCAUUAUUGAGGCUAGAGGACAUUCUUGAAGGUGAUGUGCAGAACAAAUGUUUCCACCCAAUCAUUCGGUUUGUUACUGUACUUUUUUCAACAAAGCAGAUUUACAAAUUUACACACUAAAAUUCAUUUAUCACCACAACUUUAAGGAUAUCCUGCAUUUCAUCACCCUUACAUUGUUAAAUUACUCUGCGAAGGAGCGAAAUAUUGGGAAAUAAGAUGUACAUACAAUUCCAGGUGAUAUCCAUGGACAGUACACAGAUUUGCUGAGGCUAUUCGAAUAUGGAGGCUUCCCUCCAGAGGCCAACUAUCUGUUCCUGGGGGACUAUGUAGACCGGGGGAAACAGUCGCUGGAAACCAUCUGCUUGCUGCUCGCCUACAAGAUCAAAUACCCAGAAAACUUCUUCUUGCUAAGGGGGAACCAUGAAUGUGCCUCCAUCAAUCGCAUUUAUGGCUUCUAUGAUGAGUGUGAGUUGGAAAACAGCAGGAAAUAGCCUUCUGCGUUUUUUAAAUUGAGCCUGAGAGAGGCAAAUGUUACAAAAAUCUGUAUCUUAAAGUUGUUCCUUGUCGUUCCCUUUUCCCCUCAGGCAAGCGCAGGUUCAACAUUAAGCUCUGGAAGACUUUCACAGACUGUUUUAAUUGUCUGCCUAUUGCUGCAAUUAUUGAUGAGAAGAUUUUCUGCUGCCAUGGAGGUUUGUAAGGCUUCACUGUUACAAAGCCCUAAGCUGACUAAUGUGGAUAAUACAGCUGUUUCAGUGUAAUUAACGCGCUCCAGCAUGGAUUUAAAAUAGCUUGUUACAUAACUUGAAAUUACAUACAUUCAUGGAUAGGAUUACAUGAAGUGUAGAGAAAUAUAAAGGGUUUACUGGUGCGUAGUCUUGUAUCCAUGAGACUACAGCAUUGUUGUACUUUUAGUUAAAAUACAAGCUGGUGUUCUAAGCCUUAAUGAGUACAUCAGACGUAGCCAGGAAAUGUCAAAGAAAUAUCCUCGAAAAGCAGUUAAGUACACAAAAGGCUGUCUGUACUCUAGGUUACCUUUUGAAUACAAUAAUCUCAUUUUUUCAGGGCUUUCACCUGACCUACAGUCCAUGGAGCAGAUUCGACGUAUUAUGAGACCAACUGAUGUACCCGACACAGGUAUAGUGCUUUAUUACAACUCAGAUAUACUCAAAUAUGCUUCAAUAAUCAGUGUUUUAUGUUAUGUCAUUUUUUCUAGUUUGUGCCUUUGUUAGCUUUUUUGAGUAUUUAAUACUUUUGAUCAGACAGAGACUGCAAAUAAGCCUGCCUUGUGUAAUCUGGCUCAAUAACAUUACACCUACUUAAAGGGAUAUUCUGGCAUAAAAUUAAGUUUGGGUCAAACACACCAAAACACUGAGGUAGACACCCCCGAGAGAGACAAAUGUUGCUGACUGUUUGCUUCUCUAGUUAUGCCAAUAUCAGCAACGACCACACAAUAGCAAUACACAGUGGUCUAUGGCUCCACAUGCAAACCUCAACCAAAACGCCACUCUAUAGCCACAAAUAAUGCUCAGAACAGCACCUAACUUCAUCAACAGUACAUAUAGGGUCCCAGCCAUAGUACUAGCAAUCAAACAUAUUUUUAGCUUUGCCCGGUUUCUUUAACGAAGAGACCAAACACAACUCACCCACUCUCUUCCAGCAGCCGCUUGCUUGUGGGGGAGCCCUGACAAGUCGAUCGCCGAGUGCAGCGGAGUUUCGCAGCUUAAGGAAGAACAUUUAUACAACAUUUAUAAUCAUGACUUCAUGGAAAUGCAAUCAGACUGAGAUGCUAAGGCAGAAGAACUACCAGUGCAAAAUGAUUAUUAUGAUGAUUAUUACGUAAUGGAAAUGAUCCGCUGCACUCGGUGAUCAACUUAUCAGGGCUUCUCCACAAACAAGCAGCUGCUGGUUGAGAGUAGGUGAGUUGUGUUUGGUCUCUAUGCUAAAGAAACCAGGCAAAGCUAAAAAGAUGUUUGAUGGUUAGUACUAUGGCUGGGACCCUAUAUGUACUGUUGAUGAAGUUAGGUGCUGUUCUGAGCCUUAUUUGUGGCUAUAGAGUGGCUUUUUGGUUGAGGUUUGUACGUGGAGACGUAGACCGCUGUGUAUUGCUAUCGUGUGGUCGUUACUGAAGUUGGUAAAACUAGAGAAGCAAGCAGUCAGCAACAUUCAUCUCUGGAGGGGGUGUCUAACUCAGUGUUACAGUGUGUUUGACCCUAACUUAAUUUUAUCCCUUUACCUGCUCAAUCAAAUCAUUGCUAUAAUUUAAAAAUGAAAAUUAUUUUGAUGCUGCAUUGAGUUCAGUUGUAUAAUUCCGUCUGUUACCUUCACGAGGGAGUAAAAAAUUGAAAGAGAAACCUGGACAGACUGUCCUGAGAGAAACUGCAGCACUAUUACCUGCGACGCUGUUGUGUAACAGGAUGAAAAGGCCAGUUAUGAGUACAACCAUAACAUGUGACUCACUGUACCUGCGUGAGUUUCUGACAGCUUCUUACUUAUUUUGUGUCAGGCCUCCUGUGUGACCUGCUGUGGUCAGACCCAGACAAAGACGUGCAGGGCUGGGGGGAGAACGAUCGUGGGGUUUCCUUCACCUUUGGGGCUGAUGUAGUCAGCAAGUUUCUCAACCGCCACGACCUGGACCUCAUCUGCCGAGCACAUCAGGUAACACUUAAGACUACUAAAUCCAAAAUAUUAAAACAGGGAUUAAGAAAUGGGUUUAGUCAAGGCAAUUAAAGGGGCAGGUUUAUUUCACAAAUCCAAAGGACUGUGCAGGUUAUGUUAAAAAUAUUACAGUACAUUUGAGCAUUUAUGGAAAUAGAUACAAGCAAUAUUUCUAAAUUCAAGUGAGAUAGGACUCCCUUUUUAGAAUAAAGUCUUUGGGCCUGAUUUCUUAUUAACUCAAAGGUUAAGUUAGUGUUUCUUUGGAACAAAGAGUUCAUCCUGCCAAAAACAAAGAAAAAGAUCAUCCACGUUAAGAAGCGAAUUUUAUUAGUUUUGUUAGAUAGAUCAAAGGUUUAAACAGUUAAUAAGUUACCUGAGUUGGUGCCAGAAAACUUAAAUAUCCACAGUCAUUAGAUCUUGUCAGUUUUUCUCUUAUGUUUCAGGUUGUUGAAGACGGCUAUGAGUUCUUUGCCAAACGACAGCUGGUGACGCUGUUCUCAGCCCCAAACUACUGCGGAGAGUUCGACAACGCAGGUGGUAUGAUGAGUGUGGACGAGUCCCUAAUGUGCUCCUUUCAGGUAGAAAACUCUGUGUUCCUUACAUGAAUUAAUAAUUAAUAUGUUUGUGAAGCAUAAACUUAUACAAGUGUUGUUCCUUUUAGAUUCUGAAGCCAUCAGAAAAAAAAGCUAAGUACCAGUACGGAGGGGUUAAUUCAGGUCGUCCAGUGACCCCGCCCCGUACCUCUCAGGCCCCCAAAAAGAGGUGAGCAGCUGGUCCUGACUCUCCUCUCCCCCCCUCGGCGGGUCUCUGUGGCCCAUGUCUCUGCAGGCUGCCUCAAACACUCCAGCCCCCUCUCGGUCAGCUUGUUCAUGUGUAAACAGAAACUUCAGGAGUGUUUUUUGCUUGUUCUGUGGGUUUUUUAAUGAACAUGUGAGUGGUAAUUUUUUCUCCAUAUUUUUCAUGCCAUGGUAUGUACUAACUCAACCCUCACUUUUACUACUCUGUCCAUUCAGCAAUAUUGAAAUUAACCUCUUGUGGAAUGGACGAGAUAUUAAGAUAAGAUGCUUCUCUGCUGUCAGAUUAACAGUCUCCAUCGUGGUUUUGUGAAUGCAUGCACGCUUGUAAAUCCAGACGGGUUCUCUGGACCUGGCCGAUGUAAAAAAAACAAAAAAAAACAUAAUUACUCCCAGACAAGAGUUAUUUCUUGUCUUUCCUUGGUUCAUAUUAACCUAAAUAGUGCCAUUCGUCCCUUUGUAUAUUGGCUAAAGUAAUGCUGUGCUAAAAGGAAUACUUUGACAUUUUAGUAAAUAUGCUUGUUUGCUUUCUUUUGACAACUUCACUGAGAAGAUUUAGACAGCUCUUUGCAGUCAAAUAUAAAGCUACCACUUGCUGCUGGCAAGCUUAACUUAGCACAAAGAAGCACAAAGAAAUAACCUCAGCAGAUCUCUUAUGUACACUGUUAUGUUAUAAGCAUUGAAUAAGAGAGAGCUAACACGCCAGUAAGAGAGCUUAAAAAGGUGUGGUGGGGAACGUUAGUACAUGCUGACAGAGCCAGAUUACCUAGAUUCUACUUGUUCCAUAUUAAUGAUGGUUGAAAUGACCCCUGCUUCAGGCUGUAGCUUCAUAUUUAACAGACAAUGUAGUCUGUCUUCUCAUGUAACUCUUGACAUUUUGUGAAAAAUGCCUAAGCAGCUUUCUUGUCCCAUUUUUUCAUCAACAGUCGCCUAGAGGACACUGCUUUUACUUUCCCUGAGACGAAAGAAUGUUUUCUCCCCUUGAAGGGAUCACUAUCCUGGGAUUUUAAUAAUAUAAGUGCAAUAAAUUGCUUAAAAACUUUUCAUAUGCACAUCUGUGUAGGCAAUAAAUGCCUAUAUAAACUUUAAAAAAGGACAGCUAACAUGCUGUACCUCAAAUUAGGUGUUCACAUAUUAUCGAUGCUCUCCAUUACGUAAGUGUUACAGUCUCGUUUUCACAAUCAACCGCCAAGCCGCCAAACCCUUCUCAUCCCUCAUAUCACUGAAGGAGUGCUUGCAGUAUUAGAGGGGGUCAUUUGACAAAAACAAGAGCCAGUGUUUAAGGAAAUUUUACAAAAAGUGGAAAAUGUGGGAAUCAAAGACCAGAAAACUCAAGUAAGUUUGUCUGGUUUAUGACAGUUGGUGUGUGUAGAAAGAUUUGAAAGCUACUGAUUGAGGAACUUGACAAAAUCACUUGUCUGUUCUCUGAGUGUUCAUAUCUGUUCAUCUGUACAUUAAACAUUGCUCCCAUUUCUGGUCUGAAUUCCACUGUACAGAGGUCAAACUCAUCAAGUUCAGAUGAUGCCAUUUUGUAUGUUGUUGGCACACAUUACAUUGUUCCCACUAAAGAACAUUUAACUGAUGUGUUAAUUUAUUUUAUUCUUGCCUUUUGCCUUGUUAAUCUAUUGGUCUUCAAGAUGGAAAUGUCAUGGUGUUUCAAGGUUUGUAUGAGUUUGUUUCAAAUGAGUGAAUUAAAUGGAAGUGCUGUGGAGCCUG